ACAAAAGAGGGGAACAGUAUUCAGAUUCCGACAUGUUUCUUACUUGGACGCCACUCUUUUCAAUUGCUUUCAAGAAAAUACCAACCCCACCCCCUAAUUAAAACCAUACCAAAUUUUACAUUUUUCAUUUUUAUUAUAAUACCCUUCACAUUUCUUUUUUCUUAUUUAUUUAUUUAUUUUGUCUUGAUUUAGCACCCCCAUCUCCGCCGCUCACCACCGCCAUGUCCGUUGUUCCACGGCGGCGAUCCACCUCCACCAGAAUCCACAUCCUAGCCCUCGACGGCAUCGUCAACGUCAACUCUCUUUUCACCUUCGCCGUCUUCCUCGGCGUCGCAUGGUACCCCACCGCCAACCCCGCCGCCAACCUUCUCACCGACGACGACGAUGGCCCCUGCGCGGCCGCCGAUUCUGUCGCCCAGAGCCUCAUCGCCUGCAAUGUGUACUCCUUCAGCUGCUUCCUCUUCUCCAGCCUGGUGGCGUCGGCGCUGAAGCAGGCCAUCAGAAACAUCAACGGCGGAGACGGAGGGCAGGGUGUGGCCCACGCGCCGGCACUGCGCGUGGGGAUGGUGGCGUCUGCAGUUGGGUCGGUUCUCGGGUGUGGGUUUUUGGUGGCCGCGUUGCUGAAUUUGGUUCAGAUAAAAUUGGGGACUUUUGAUUGCCGGCGGUGGGAGACGGUGGCGGCCGCCGUGCCGUUGGGAAUUAGAUUCUGGCGACAGCUUAAGGCUGAAGAGAUGAAGAUGCGAGUAGGCACCGGGCAUGUCAUCCCAGUUGUGCCAAUGGAAGGACUCCAUAUGACUUUAUAGAAUAAAUUUAUCAUUUGAAAUGGUGUAUAUGUAGUUCUCGAGUUAAAGCGGAACUUAAUUU